AGUUGCUUCUUUGACUAAUGUGUCUCACUUAGCUGUUAAAUUGCCAUAACAAUGCUUUCUUUUUUCUUUUGUUUUUUUCUUGAAAAUAAAUAAUUAAAAUAUAAAUUUAAGAGAAAGUUUGGCAUAAAAGCUCCAUGCCUUGCUAGCAGGAGUAUAAGCAAAUAUCUCUCCUUUCUUUAUUCCUCACUCAGCAAGAGGAGUUGAGAGGAGAAAACUCGAGUACCCUUUUGCUUUCUCACUGUUAUCAGAUCCCAAAUAUAGCGGAAUCUUUAACUAAAUAUUGGGUGACCUAAGUGCAUCACUAAAGAAGCAUGGCUAUGGGCAAGUACUCCCGUGUUGACGGGAGGAAGUCAUCAAGCUACUUUUCUACAAUUGCUGUGGUUGUGUUUGUUGCCCUUUGUUUAGUUGGAGUUUGGAUGUUAAUGUCAUCAACUGUUGCUCCAGUUCAGAAUUCAAACUCACCCUCCCAAGAAACUGUAAAUGAGGUAAAACAAACAGGGAGUGAAAAUACCUCUAAGCAAUUUGAAGACAGUUCAGGUGAUUUACCAGAAGAUGCAACAAAAGAAGAUGGCACCGCCAUUUAUUCUCAAAGUGAAAACCAAUCUGGUCAGGAUGAUCAAAAUAUGAACAUCAUAGAGAAGGAGACUGCAGUUGAAGAUAACAAGGAAGAGAAGGCUGAGACUGAAAACCAGGAUGAGAAGACUGAAUCUCUAGAGGAACCAAAGAAGGAAGCUGAAAAUGAUGGGGAUGGAAAAACAGGCGAUGGAGAAGCUGAAGGUGGUGAAACAAAUAAAAGUGAGCAGACUGAAUCAGAGGAGGCAUCUGGUGAAAACAAAUCUGAGUUUGAUGAGGGAGGCAAGGAUUCAGACAAGGGAGAGAAUACCGAUGAAAAUGGACAGGAAGAAAAAGAUGGUAAACAGGGAGAGCAAAGUUCUAAUGAGAAUAAUAUGGAAAGUCAAGAAAAAGAUCAGGCUUCAGUUGAGGUAUUCCCUGCUGGUUCCCAGUCUGAACUUUUAAAUGAAACUGAUGCCCAAAAUGGUGCUUGGUCAACUCAAGCCGUGGAGUCACAGAAUGAGAAGAAAUCACAACAAUCCUCAAUAUCUAAGGACCAAUAUGCUCAUGGCUGGAAACUCUGUAAUGUUACUGCUGGUCCAGAUUACAUUCCCUGCCUUGACAAUUGGCAGGCCAUCAGAAAGCUUCCAAGCACAAAGCAUUAUGAACAUCGAGAGCGACACUGCCCUGAAGAAGCUCCCACUUGUCUAGUUCCCGUACCUGAAGGCUAUAGACGUUCAAUUAAGUGGCCCAAAAGCAGGGAAAAGAUAUGGUACUAUAAUGUUCCCCACACUAAGCUUGCAGAGGUCAAGGGACACCAGAAUUGGGUUAAAGUUACUGGUGAAUAUCUUACUUUUCCAGGUGGUGGAACACAAUUUAAGCAUGGUGCUCUUCAUUAUAUCGAUUUCAUUGAGAAUUCUCUUCCUGAUAUUGCUUGGGGAAAACGAAGCCGUGUGAUAUUGGAUGUAGGGUGUGGUGUGGCUAGCUUUGGAGGUUUUCUUUCUGAAAGAGAUGUUCUUGCAAUGUCCUUAGCACCCAAGGAUGAGCAUGAGGCCCAAGUGCAAUUUGCACUUGAACGGGGAAUCCCUGCCGUUUUGGCUGUUAUGGGCACCAAGAGACUGCCAUUUCCCAGUUCUGUUUUUGACAUUGUCCACUGUGCACGAUGCAGGGUUCCUUGGCAUAUUGAAGGCGGUAAGCUUCUUCUAGAGCUCAAUCGUUUGUUGCGACCUGGUGGUUACUUCGUCUGGUCUGCCACUCCGGUUUAUCAAAAGCUUCCAGAAGAUGUUGGCAUUUGGCAAGCUAUGACUGAGCUGACAAAGUCAAUGUGCUGGGAUCUCAUAGUGAUUAAGAAAGAUACAGUAAAUGGUAUUGGUGCUGCAAUAUUUAGAAAGCCAACUUCAAAUGAAUGCUAUAACAAGAGAUCCCAAAAUGAGCCCCCACUGUGCAAAGAAUCUGAUGACCGAAAUGCAGCCUGGAAUGUACCACUUGAGGCAUGCAUGCAUAAAGUCCCUGAAGAUUCAUCAGAACGUGGGUCUCAAUGGCCUGAGCAAUGGCCACAAAGAUUGGAGACACCACCUUACUGGCUGAAGUCUCAGGUUGGAGUUUAUGGUAAAGCUGCCCCGGAGGAUUUUACUGCAGACUACAACCACUGGAAGCAUGUCGUUUCCCAGUCAUAUUUGAAUGGGAUGGGAAUUGACUGGUCUACUGUGAGAAAUGCCAUGGACAUGAGAGCUGUAUAUGGAGGGUUUGCUGCUGCACUAAAAGACCUGAAAGUUUGGGUUAUGAAUACUGUCCCAAUUGACUCUCCAGACACGCUCCCAAUAAUUUACGAGCGUGGUUUAUUUGGGAUGUAUCAUGAUUGGUGUGAAUCAUUCAACACUUAUCCUAGAACCUAUGAUCUUCUGCAUGCUGAUCAUCUAUUCUCCAGUCUCAAAAAGAGGUGUAACUUAGUGGCCGUGGUGGCAGAAGUUGAUAGAAUCUUGAGGCCAGAAGGAAAGCUGAUUGUGCGCGACAAUGUUGACAUCAUAGGUGAGAUUGAGAGCAUGGCUAAGUCUCUAAAAUGGGAGAUCAGAAUGAUUUACACUAAAGACGAUGAGGGACUGCUUUGUGUUCGCAAGACAAUGUGGCGUCCUACAGAGGCAGAAACAAUCAAGUCAGCCAUUAUGUAAAAUUGAAAACAACGCUUCUGUUAGUCUUUUAGCUAAGGUUAGCAUACUGCUUCCUUAUUAGCUCAUCACAAUUCAUAUAUAUACCUUUAGGGCAUCAGACUUGAGCCUUAGCAUCAAUAGCUAUGAUUCUCCACCAGUAAUUGUAAAAUCUUUAGUUCUUUUGUUUUGGCUCUUUCUGAAUUUAUAUCAGCAACUAUAACAUUAUAUAGUUGCUUAUUCUUUUGACAGCCCUUAUAUGAUGUUUUCCAUCCCAAUGUCAGUUGAUGUCUCUCUGAUCUCCUUCACAGUAUGUUCCAACUUGGGUUUAUCAUAUUCAUAAAUAUAGUUCAAAUUGAAAUGAA